AUGAGCAUCCCAGCGUUUACCAACCUCUCAUUAGAGAGAACUGACAACGUCUUCAUCAUCACCCUCCAGAAUCCACCAGAAAACAAAUUCAGCCUUGCCUUCUCCCAGGAAGUCAUCAAAGCCUUUCGAACGGUCGAAGCCAUUCUCGGUCCAAAUGCCGAAGGGGCAGUGAUCACAAAAAGUGACUCCAAGUUCUGGUCGACAGGCAUCGACAUGGACGAAUUAAAAACCAGUCCAUUCGCACUCAACGAUGGCUUCUACCCGCUCCUUAGCACAGUCCUCGACUUCCCCUUUCCCACCAUCGCCCUCUUAACCGGUCACGCAUUCGGGUCGGCGUAUAUACUUGCUCUCGCGCAUGACUAUCGCGUCAUGAAUGCCCAUCGUGGCUUCGUUUCCUUCCCCGCCCUCAAUAUAGGCUUCCAUAGUGAUUCAAUGGGAGCGCUGCAAAGGGUGAAGCUGGCUCCGCCUGUUGCGAGGAAGAUGUUGCUUGAGACCCAUCGGUGGACGGGCAGGGAGGCGUUGACGGAUGGGCUUGUUGAUGCUGUUGCUGAACCGGGGGAUAUGCAUGAGGCUGCGUUGGGGAUGGGGAGGAAGUGGGCGGGGAAGGCGAAGAGUGGAAUGUAUGCGAUAUUCCGAGCUGAAUUGUAUGGUGAGGCUAUUGAGGAGUUACGGCGGGUGUGCUAUAUCCAUGGACGAGAUACUUCACGACGACCGAUGGGGAAGCUGUAAAUAUCACAAUAUCUACUCCAUCGCAUACAACUGCCUCGCCAAUGGGAUGAUGCUCUCUUCCAACGUCUUGAAUGCAACACCAAAUGUCUUCUGCACCUUUCCAGAAUCACAUGAAUAAUGAGUAUGAUGGUAUCU